AUGCCGUACGCUUCGGCGCUGGUCAUGAGCCUCAUCAGCUUCGCAGGUGUUGGGCUCCUGGUCUUCCUUCAGAUCCCGCGGUUUGGAGCAGUGGUGGAGUACUGCUGCCUGGCAUUUGCUGCUACGGUUCUGGUGGCCGACGCCCUGAUCCACCUGCUUCCGCAUGCACUCGAGGGAGCGGACCACGACACUAUGAGUGCCGUGGGUGUUUCCGCCACGGUGGGCUGUUUAGCCAUCUUAGCAAUUCCGGAAGUGUGUGAAUGGCGUCACCAACAUCACGAUCACCACGAAGGUGCCCAGCAUGGCACGCAAGUGGCCGCCUCAAUGCACAGUGCCGUCUCAAUACCAAGGUCCAUGCUUACGGCUGGGCCAAUCUCGUCACAGAGAUGCUCCACAACUUCGUGGAUGGAAUAA